AUGGCACGCAGACGAAGCUUCCCCACAAGUGGGAUGGCAAUUGCCGCCUUAUGGCUCUUAUGGCUUGUGUGUCUUGGUGGACCAGGAUGGGCAAGCUUCUCCGCCCACCCCGUUGCCGAGGCGGCACUCACGCUCGGAAAUGAGAUUCCACCAACACAGUUUCUUCAUGAAGUGGUUGGCCAUGGAUGCGUGCAAUUGAGCCCAUCCAGUUCGGGCUACUACUUUGAAUCAGGAUUUGACACGGGCGUGUCUCGCACACGCUGUCCUACAGGCGGAAUGUGCCAAUGUCGUCGAUUUGAUGACUGCCAAAGCGGAGGAUGUCAACGUGUGUAUGAGUGCAACGACACGGAAUCGAAUGGCUGUGUUGCGAUCUCAAACUGCACCCAGACCGUCUUUGAGACCACAUUCGAGGUUGUCGUCGACUGCCGCGAGCCGCUUGAUGAGCGCGAUGAGGCCGGUAUCGACUUCUUCGGCAUGCGCUGGAAGCAGGCCCUCGCUGAGGACUGCAGCAUUGGACGCGUAAGUCGCUCACGCGCCUGUGUCUAUGUUGUGUGA